AUGCAAGCGAAUAACGCACACCACAGCGCUGGACCAGCGCUCAAUGAAGACGAAAUUGAAAACAUUAUAAACCCCAGCGACCCAAUCGUUGGGGGCACACACGGCACAGGGUUGGGCGCAGACGAUGGCUCGCAUUCGGUCGUUGAAGACAUAGUUAAUCCCUCAUGGGAUCCCGCCAUGACAAUGUCACCGGGCCAGCUGGACCAUCCCAGUCAGAACAUAGCACCUUUCUCACCGUUCAUGGCCAACUCACCGCUCGCUGCUCCACCUGACCAUAACAACGUUAUCAGGCGCGGGACCCCGGUCGGCUUGUACCAGCAGCAGGGCAGCCCCUCCCAGCCGCCAGCGGCUGACUCAUUGCUCUCUGAUUCCAUUCUGAUGCCGUAUAGAAACAGGCUUCUAAAGCAGAGCAGGCCCAAAACGUCUUCGCCGCAGCCGCCACCGCGUCGCAAGCUCACCACCACGAAAACUAGGCCUGCUUUCGUCAACAAGCUGUGGUCCAUGGUCAACGACAGCGCAAACCAGAAACUGAUACACUGGUCCGCCGACGGGAAAUCAUUUGUGAUCACCAACCGCGAGCACUUUGUGCACGAAAUCCUGCCCAAGUAUUUCAAACAUUCCAAUUUUGCUUCCUUCGUAAGGCAGCUGAACAUGUACGGUUGGCACAAGGUACAGGACGUACGAUCUGGGUCUAUACACGGCAAUUCUGACGAAAGAUGGCAGUUCGAAAACGAGAAUUUCGUUAGGGACUGCGAGGACCUGCUGGAGAACAUAGUGAGACAAAAGCCAAGCACCAACCCAAGCAAAGACGUCCUGGUGGGCCAGAAUGGCGAAGAGAUGGACAUAGGAAUUUUGCUUAGCGAGCUUGAGACCGUAAAGUUCAACCAGAUCGCCAUAGCAGAAGAUCUCAAACGCAUGUCCAAGGACAACGAGCUGUUGUGGAAGGAAAACAUGAUGGCUCGUGAGAGGCACCAGGCUCAACAACAGGCUCUCAACAAAAUUCUCCAUCUUCUCGCAUCUCUUAUGGGGUCCAAUACCCAGAAGCUCCUUGGCAGCGACCUUGUGAACGAGCUAGCGCAAACAAACGCCAACUUGAAUGACGCAAGUAACGUUGCUCACGGAGGAUGGGACUUGGCAAACAUGAACGGCUUGACGCGCCCGCGCUUACUUUUGAAGAACAGGACGCCGGCCACCAGUCAGCACUCAAGCACCGGCGACCUCUCGUCCUUGCACAUUGGACACUCCAACUCCCCGAUUCAAGAAAUAGAUCGAAGCUCGAUCUACCCGUCCAACGGCAGCUCCUCAGCUGGAGCGUCCACAACCCCAGGCGGUGGCCGCGCCCCUGAUACCAUGCUAGAAUCCAACUCCCCGGUUGACACCUCAUUUUUUAACGAUCUACACUCCAACAUCAAGAAGCAAGGCGAGUCUAUACAAGAGUUACAAGACUGGAUUACGAAAAUGUCGCCGUCACAAGAAGAGCUUGGGUCAAUCACCCCGGAGGGCACCGUACCGCAGCAGCUCGCACAGUCCCCCGCCAAGACUCAGCAACCAAACUCCAAGUUUGACCUGCAGGACUACUUGUCAACUUCGGAUCCCUCGGCUCUGGCGCCUCUUUUGCCUGAGGAGCCGCUCGUCCAAGAGGAAAAGCGAUCCUCAGAUAGUGAUAUUGAGGAGAUCAGCAAUCCACCUAAGAAGCAGAGGACAUCUUAA